AACAUGGCGCCGACGCUAAACACUGCUUGACGAAAUCAAACGAGACAACGACUCGAGUAACAGUCGAAUCGUAGUUGUUUUGGUGUAAAGUUACAUUUUAAAACGUUAUUAUUGGAGUAUCACUCUUGUUUGUUCGGGUAACGCUUACUGUAUGUACAUUUACCCAUACAAAAGAAAUGAUCUGUCCCACACCAGACCACCACGGAAAAUGGCGACUGUGAAAUAGAUGGAAGACGAAAGUAAGAAAUUAUUCAAUGCAGCGUUUAAAUUGUGCCCUGUCCUCAUCGGCACAGCUCGGAGGUCAUGGCAGCAGAAAUGUCAUGCCUGACAGGUGUUGAUGAUGAAGACAAAGAUGCAGAACCUGAGAUCAAUGCCUUCACACUCCUGCAAGAGCCAGUGAGAAUGGCGCAAGAAGAAGCCACUUGCACCGAUUCUUUCAGCAAGCCCUCUUUGAAACAAAACAGUGUCCUAGAUGUUCUGUCAAACACAGAUAUGCUGUCUUCAGUUGGCCUUGGAAAUGGACCUUCUUCGCAUCAGGCUACACAAGCCCAUGAACUCAACAGCAUCUCCACGGAAAAAGAUGAGGCAAAAAGCAUCACUCCUCUAAAAACUGUGCAGGAAAUUGACACCGCAGGGAUUUGGGGUUUUGAUGAAGACUCACCUGAGAACUCAUUGGAUAAUUUUAGUGGUGCCAGUGACCUUCAUUGGGACCCUCACAAAGAGUUUAUGCAGUUUCUGUGGGAUAGUCAUGGGGAUUCACCUGGUGAAGAGUCUAAAGAUGAAGUCCCUUCUGUCACUAACCGACGGAGAAGAAAACGGAAAAUGGACAUGGUUGUCAUGGUGGAUCCCUCAGAGGACCUUUAUCCUGGUCUGAGCCCCAAGUCCUCGGAAGAAUUAUCUGAUGCUGAAUGCCAAGAAGACUCCAUUCCUGUCAGCAAAGUCAAAAGGUCAAGGAAGCUCCUGAAAUCACAGUUGUCCCCAACAGAAAAGGUUUCCAAGUAUCCCAAUGGAACUGUAAAGGCCAUCAAAGACAUUCUUUACAAUGGACCUGCAAGAAAUGCACACGAGAACAGUAUAAGUCAUGGGCUUUCACCACUGAAUAGAAGGCUAACAAAUUGUCAUUUAGAGAAGAAGCAAACGUGUUACCCAUGCUCACAAUGUAAGCUCAUUUUCAAGAAAGAGCUUCAUUUGCAUUGUCAUAUGAAGUCUCAUGUUGACCCUUCUAAUAUCUCACUAAAGCCUUUUAUAUGCCGUGAAUGUGGAAAGUCAUUCAGACAAAGUAGUUCACUUAUUGAUCACAUGACUUUCCGCCAUGAAAAGAGAGAGAGAAUCUCAGAAGAGUUCAAAGGCAUAAAUGACAAAAAGAAAGACGAUAGAAAAAAGCUUUUCUGCCCGCAGUGCACAUUCGUUACAAACUGCCCAAACACGUUUGUUCAACAUGCAAAGACCCAUGAAAAGGACAAAAGAAAGUUUAGAUGUGACAAAUGUAGCUUCAGGUCCAUGAGUGAGAAUGAUCUAAGGAGACAUAACAUUAUGCAGCACACCGUGAUCACAGUUAGAAAGCAAAUCGAGAAUGAUGACCACCAACUCUUCUCCUGUAAUGUUUGUUCUUAUAGAGCUUUUAGCAAAAAUGUUUUUAAGAAUCACCUUCUGCGGCGCCAUCAACAAACUUACGAGGAGUAUGAAGCUGUGCAAUGUAGUGAGAGAAAAGCAUCACCAUUUAAGGAGCAGCACAUGCCUACUUGUAAAACUCCUGUUGAAGAUGCAGAGUUUACCUCUAAAAUCUUGAUAAAAGAUCAAAUCUCAAAGAGAGCUUCUUCUCCUAGUGAGUCCAGUGACAUUUCAGACUUGUUCAAAAAUAGCAAGAUAAGGAGAAGUCUCAAGUCCCAAAUAACAGAAUCGAAGCUCGACAAGUCUAUCAAUGUUCUCCUGUCCCGACAAAGACAUGGAAGGAAGACUGCAGAACAGAAGAAGGAAAGCAACAAUUGCAGUACAUCUGUUCAGAAUUCCAAAAUUGACAAAGAUAGCUCAGAUCAUUUGCCAGAAACAUUGACUGUCAAGGUUGAAGAACCAGCUUUAACUCCAAAAUGCCAUAGGGUUCCAUCAAGUGCAACUAAAUGUGAUCUUAACUGCAGCAGUGUACCCACGUUGAAAGAGGAUCAGUCAACAGUAAAGAAGUCGCCGUCUAAAAGGAAGAUGUCUACUCCAUAUCGGAACACCUCUGACCAAGACUCAUGCUUCAUCUUACAAAAACCAAGUCCCAAGAAAAUCAACCUAGAAGAAGAAGAGGAGUCAGACUAUGAUGAAAAAGACAUUUUCCAAUUCCAGGAAACGGAUGCCAUCCCUAACCGUUUUGACAAUGACAUCAAGAGAGAAAAACCAAACAUCAUUUAUACAUAUAGCAGAAGAAUGUCUAUGAGAGGUGCACUGCAAGCGUCUAAAAGGCUGUUUGAGAAAAUAAAGACCGAAGAGCAAGAUGAACAAGAUGGCCCUGAAAUCAAAGAAGAAGAAGAAGAAAUUGAAGUAUUUCAAGAAAACUUUGAAACUCACCAAAUACCUUUGAGUGAGUCAUUCACAGAGGAUGUAUCAGACUUGGAAUCAGAACGCAAGAACUGUCCAUAUUGUCCAGCAAUCUUUGAGUCAGGUGUGGGAUUGUCCAACCAUGUUCGAGGGCAUCUUCAUAGGGUCGGACUGAACUACGACGCACGCCAUGUAGUGCCUCCUGAGCAGGUAGCCUCUCAUGACAGAAGGCCAAGAAUUCGACGAAAGAUCUCUGCAUUGCGGAGAUUGAAAAAAGCAUUAAGGAUGGAGUCCGAGCCUGAGACUGUGAAGAGUAUUCACUCCUGUCCAUUAUGUGGAGACUCGUUUGAUAACAGGACUGGACAGUCCAACCACAUACGAGGUCACCUCAAAAAGCUUGGGAAAAGCUUUUCAAAAAAGAACAAAUCCCCUUUAUAUUUACUCCGGGAGUUGAUGCGUGACAAGAAGGAGUUCCAACGUGCACUUCAAAUUCUAGGAAAGAGAAGGAACCAUUUCCAAUAUGGUGCUUCACCAAAGCUGUCCGGUGUUGAUUGUUACAGGCAACAGCCCAUUGGAAUCCCAAAAAGGAGUUCUAUCCCCAGUGAUGGCACUGAAACUGGAUCACAGAUCCACGCCUUUUCUUUAGCAGAAAUGAAACCUGAAAAAAGGCAGCUAGAGACUAAACUGGAUGUUAAAAAUUCACUCUCUGGGGCAACUGCCUUGAUAGGAAUUCUGAAGAAGAGGAAAUGUCAGGAAGAUGCCAGGCUUAAGGGGUCCUCUCAGAUGUCGAGAAACACAUUAGCAGUUUCUACAAAUGGUGAGCACUGCCCAGGAUCAAGAGUUGCAUCUUCACUGCCAAAGUCAAUAUCCGAGAAAGGUGAAUUCAACAGGAAGGUGUGUGUCCACUGCAAUGCAACUUUCCAUAGUGGAGUUAGCUUGUCUAAUCACCUCCGGGCGUAUGCAAAACGAAAAAGGACCGCCAUAGAGGACGGAACAACAUUGGACUGUAAAAUAAGGAGACAACGCUCAAGGCCUGGCCCAAAGAAGAAGUCACUGCCCUUGCCACAAACUCCAGAGGAAAUGUACAGGCUCACCUGCAGGUUCUGUGACCUGGUUUUCCAGGGCCCCCUUUCAGUCCAGGAGGACUGGAUCAAACAUUUACAGAGACACAUAAUGAACACAAGUGUCCCUCACACUGGGCUCGGCAUGGUAGAGGUCACCUCGCUGCCGAAGACCCUAAAGACUGACCAAGACAGCUCACUGACGGCCACAAACGCUGCCUCAUGAAGCCAAUGGGGACCUUUUUAGAUUUCACUAGACUGUAUGUGUAUGUACAUUGGAUGUUGUUUCACUUCUUUCUUUUUUAAGUCAAUGAAAUACUGGCCAAAAGUACAAUAUUGCUAAAUGAUGGAGACAAUGUUGGACAUUUGCAGAGUUGAUGAAGUUAAUUAAUUUGGAUAUUGUUACCUUUUCUGUUUUUACAUAGUUCCAAAUGGGCUGACUGUUUUUUUCUGUUUUAUGCAGUAAUGUAGUGUGGGAUCCAUUUCUAAUGAAGACAACUUUUACCUCAGAUUUCUCAUGGUUUGAGUCAGUUUUUGUCAAAAAUUUGGCUGCACUUCUUCUGUAUCAAUUUUCUCAUUUACAUGAAAUCAUGUUCUCUUGUAUUGCAAAAUGUUCAAAUCCAGACCCACAGUCUCCUCUUUAGGCCACGGAGUUAGUGAGACAAAUAUUUGGACUGAUUGAAAGCACCAAAAGCAUCAUGAUAAACAGCUCAAGGAAUCACGAGAGUGAGCUAGUAUACAAGAACAAAAAAGAAAAAGAUGAAAACUUGUUAUGCAUAGAAAGUGUUUUAUAGUAUUUCUGUUAAUGCAUUGUUUCUAAUACAAAUACAACAUUUGAAAUGAAAGUGGUUUCAAAAGACCUAACAGGCACAACCAGUGCUGAACAUACGUCACCUAUAUUUAAUGUUUCAACUGUUUUGAGAUAAUUUAAUUUUUAAUGUACUAUAUCACACAGAUACAAUGCUUCAAACAUUUGUGUUGUUCUAAAUAAAAUAAAAAUAAAUAAGUUGA